UGUGUGUGUGUGUGUGUGUGAGAGAGAGAGAGAGAGAGAGAGAGAGAGAGAGAGAGGCUCUGAGGUGACAGUCCCGAGCUUUCACACCAGGAAGUGGAGGAGGACAUGUCGCUGAGUUGAAGCCACGAACGACCAGAACCCGUCGCCUUUCCAGUUCGAGAUUCCUGACUUUUCUCUCCAACCACACUACUUCGUAUGACUGCUUUCUCCUAUUGAUGCCAGUUUCCAGCAGCUUCCUCAGAGAAGAUGAGCUGCGACAGCACCACCAUGUCUGCAUGUGCCCCAGCAGCCUUCUUGGCCUGAGGAAAUUUGUAAUGCUGUGAUAAUCCAUACCUGCAUCCAAACAUGGCUCCAGUCCCUCCAGGAAUCCUCCUCCUGGUGUCCUUCAACAGGGAUCAAUGGUACAAAGCACUCACCUUCAUCCUCACCUUCUUGCUCUACACCAGUUUCCACCUCUCCAGGAAACCUAUUAGCAUUGUCAAGCUCAGCCGCCAUGUGUUGGAGUUCACCCCAGUGAAUGGGAGGGUCGUGUCCCUACGCCUUCGGGUUGGGGACAGGUGUCUCACUGUUGUCUCGGCCUACGGGCCCAACAGCAGUGCAGAGUAUCCAGCCUUCUUGGAGUCCCUGGGAGGGGUACUAGAUAGUGGCCCGACUGGGGACUCCUUUGUUCUACUGGGGGACUUCAACGCCCACGUGGGCAAUGACAGUGAGACCUGGAGAGGGGUGAUCGACACUCGGAUAGAGAGAGGGACAGAGCUGUCCACCAAUCACCACCUGGUGAGCUUCUCCCAGAUUCUGAGGGAGGUUGGAGACAUGGAGGCUGAGUGGUCCAUGUUCUCCUCCUCCAUUGUUGCUGCGGCCGCUCGUAGCUGUGGUUGUAAGGUCUCUGGUGCCUGUCGCGGUGGCAAUCCCCAAACCUGGUGGUGGCAGCCGGAAGUAAGGGAUGCCGUCAAGCUGAAGAAGGAGUCCUACCUGUCAUUUAUGGCUUGUGGGACUCCUGAGGCAGCUGACAGGAGGGGAAAGCAGCUCUCCACCAACACUGUCUACACUGUGGGUGGGGACCUCCUGACCUCAACUGAGGAGGUCGUCGGGCUGUGGAAGGAAUACUUCAAGGGUCUCCUCAAUCCUGCCGUCACGUCUUCCGAAGAGGAAGCAGAAACUGUGGAUUCAGAGGCGGACUCAUCCAUCACCCGGGCUGAAGUCACCGAGGUAGUUAGAAAGCUCCUUGGCAGCAAAGCUCCGGGGGUGGAUGAGAUCCGUCCUGAAUACCUUAAGUCUCUGGAUGUUGUGCGACUGUCCCGGGUACUGGAGAGGAGGAUCCGACCGAUAAUCGAACCUCGGAUUCAGGAGGAGCUGUCUGGUUUUCGUCCUGAUCGCAGCACACUGGACCAGCUCUAUGCCCUCCAUCAGGUGCUCGAGGGCUCAUGGGAGUUCGCCCAACCAGUCCACAUGUGUUUUGUGGAUCUGGAGAAGGCACUAGACUACAAAAGCAACUACAAACAGCUGCUGGGAGCUAUGGACUACUCCUUUCUGUGUGCCUAUGCAGUGGGAAUGUACCUCAGCGGCAUCAUUGGGGAGCGCCUGCCCAUUCGGCUGUACCUGACAGUAGGCAUGCUGACCAGCGGACUUUUUACAUGUUUGUUUGGCCUGGGCUACAUCUACAACAUCCACAACUUGGGCUUCUAUAUAUUUGUCCAGGUGGCCAAUGGCUUAGUCCAGACUACUGGCUGGCCCAGUGUAGUGACCUGCAUUGGCAACUGGUUUGGAAAGGGAAGGCGUGGACUCAUCAUGGGCCUAUGGAACUCCCAUACCUCAGUCGGAAACAUCUUGGGCUCUCUGAUCGCAGGCUACUGGGUCUCCUCCAACUGGGGCCUGUCCUUCAUUGUACCGGGGCUCAUUAUUGCAGUCAUGGGUGUCAUCUGCUUCCUCUUCCUCAUUGAGCAUCCUAAUGACCUGAAAAGCAUCUAUGCUCAAAAUUCAUCUCCAGGCAAAAGUGUUUCAACCAAAAGUUGGAAUGGACUAAAUGGACACACUGAGGUGUAUCUGCAGUACAAGGAGAACAACAGCCAGGUGUGUGCCUACUGCUAUUACAAGGAUAGUGUUCUAAACAGAAAGGGUCACGACACAGAGCUGCUGUUGCCCAGGGACAGUGUGUAUGUCCCUGUGCAGCCUGUUGUUGUGGUGAAGAGCGAAUCAGAGCCAUCUGCUAUCAGCUUCAUGGGAGCCCUACGAAUACCAGGAGUGAUUGAGUUCUCUCUGUGUCUGCUGUUUGCUAAGCUGGUCAGUUACACUUUCCUCUUCUGGUUGCCACUCUACAUGACCAAAGCAGCUCACCUGGAUGCCAAGAAAGCUGGAGAUCUCUCCACCCUGUUUGAUGUGGGAGGAAUUGUGGGAGGGAUCUUGGCAGGAGUGAUCUCUGAUAAACUGGGGAAGAGAGCCACCACCUGUGCAGUAAUGUUGCUGCUGGCUGCUCCUACACUGUACGGCUUUUCCAUGAUCAGUGAGUUCGGUCUGGGGCCAACUAUUGGGAUGCUGUUAGUGUGUGGAGGCCUUGUGAAUGGACCAUAUGCCCUUAUCACAACUGCAGUGUCUGCUGAUUUGGGGACCCACAAGAGCCUGAAAGGCAACGCUAGAGCAUUAUCCACUGUCACUGCUAUCAUUGAUGGCACAGGAUCUGUAGGAGCAGCACUGGGCCCCCUGCUGGCUGGACUCUUAUCUGCUGGUGGCUGGGAUCAGGUCUUCUACAUGCUGAUGACUGCAGACUUCCUUGCUCUGUUGCUUUUGCUACGGCUAGUGACAAAGGAGAUGUCCUCGUCUAAGUCCCGUCCCAUCUCCGCUGUAGAGUUGAAGGAGCACUGAGCACUUUGAUUACACACACACACACACA